UCGUACGUCUCCUCUCGCGCUCUCUUCCUUCUUCGUGAAGCCUCUCUCUCUCUCUCUCUCUCUCUCUCUCUCUCUCUCUAGCGAGUCAAUUGGUCGGCGCCCCAAAACCCUAACCCUAACCCUAAUCCCAACCCUCACCGUCCUCUUCGAAUCCUCAGCUAUUAAAAGUUUCUCCGCAUGUCUUGGUGCACUAUUGAAUCGGAUCCUGGUGUUUUCACUGAACUUAUACAACAGAUGCAAGUGAAAGGUGUUCAAGUCGAGGAAUUGUACUCUCUUGAUCUGGACUCUCUUAAUGAGCUGCGGCCAGUAUAUGGUUUGAUAUUCCUAUUUAAAUGGAGGCCAGAGGAGAAGGAUGAUCGCGUUGUAGUCAAGGAACCAAGCCCGAACCUCUUCUUUGCAAGCCAGGUUAUUAACAAUGCAUGUGCAACUCAAGCUAUCCUUUCAAUUCUCAUGAACUGUCCCGAAAUUGAUAUUGGGCCGGAAUUAUUGGCCCUAAAGGAAUUCACUAAGAACUUCCCUCCAGAGCUCAGAGGCUUGGCCAUCAAUAACAGUGAAGCCAUACGAACCGCCCACAACAGCUUCGCGAGGCCUGAACCAUUCGUUCCCGAGGAGCAAAAAAUGGCAGGUAAGGAUGACGAUGUCUACCAUUUCAUAAGCUAUGUUCCUGUUGACGGGGUCCUCUAUGAGCUUGAUGGGCUUAAAGAAGGGCCGAUCAGCCUCGGCCAAUGCUCUGGUGGGUCCGGUGAUUUGGACUGGCUCAGAAUGGUCCAGCCCAUUAUCCAGGAACGGAUUGAUCGGUACUCGCAGAGCGAAAUCAGGUUCAAUCUCUUGGCGAUUAUAAAGAACCGGAAGGAGAUGUACACUACUGAGCUCAAGGAGCUUCAGAAGAAGAGGGAGCAGCUUCUUCAGCAGAUGAAUGAGCUCAUGGCUGCUGGUACCAAGCACAACCCCGCUGCUGUCGAAGCUAUAAACCGAUCACUGGCUGAGGUAGCGUCAGGGAUCGAGAGCGUGACCGAGAAGAUUAUAAUGGAGGAGGAGAAGUUCAAGAAGUGGAAGACCGAGAACAUCAGGAGGAAGCACAACUACAUACCGUUCCUGUUCAACUUCCUCAAGAUACUCGCGGAGAAGAAGCAAUUGAAGCCGCUGAUCGAGAAGGCGAAGCAGAAGAAUUGUAGCCCUAGUGCGAGGUGACUUAAGUGGCAGUUGUCUUAUUCGUUUAUUUUCUUGCUUCGAUCUGUUACGUCAGCGACUGCUCGUUGAGACCGAAUCUGAUGUUUUAACUAUUAUUUCAAGGUGGUAUAGCUUGUUGGGUUUUUUAAGAUUCUGAAGUAGGUAUUUGAAAUGUGAACUAUUUAAAGAUAUACAGCUAUGCAUCUAUUUCACUGUUCA